AUGUCUGAUAAUCAAAAAUGUUUAAGUGGAUUUCAAAAAAGAAAAAAAAAAAAAGAAAUUCAAGAAAAGGUGUCAAAACUACCUAAAAUCAAUAACUUUUUUUCUUCAAUCCCAGCUGUUGUCUCUAGAAUAGAUGUAUCUCAAGAAAAUCAAGAUUCAGUAUUUGGUGCAUCAAAAUCAAAUGACCAUGGUGGAUUAUUCUUGUCACCUGAGCUUCAAAAUGAAAAUAUUAUGGAUUCUACUGCAGAUGUAUUUCAAGAAAAUCAAGAUUCAGAAUUUGGUGCAUCAAAAUCAAAUGAUCAUGGUGGAUUAUUCUUGUCACCUGAUCUUCAAAAUGAAAAUAUUAUAGAUUCUACUGCAGAAUUAAACUUGAAGUUAGAUUAUCCAACUGAUAGAGGACAUUUUAAAGGACUUAUAAUAGACAGCCAACUUAAACGAAGCAUUUUGACUUAUGGUCCUUGUAGACCGUUAAUACAGUUUCCAUACAGAAUUAUACAUGGCAAAAAUAGAAAAUUUUCAGUUGACUAUUACAAUAUGAAAACUAAAACUGGUGUUCUAAUUCCCCGUCAUUGGCUCUGUUACUCUGUUGAAUUAGAUAAAGUAUACUGUGAAACAUGCUGGCUUUUUGUUGAUUACAAUCAUCGAAACUUUAAGUCAGAAUGGAUUGAAGGCAUUGAUGAUUGGCAACAUUUGUCCCAAAAAAUAAUUUCUCAUGAAAUAUCAGGUCCUCAUUUAGAUGCAAUGCAACUUAGACUUGUAUGGACAAAUAACUAUACUAUUGAUAAAGAGUUAGAAUUUCAAAUUUCUAAUGAAGCCAAAUACUGGAGAGAUGUUUUGGAAAGAAUAAUUAAAAUAAUUUUAAGUCUUACUGCUGGUAAUUUGGCACUCCGUGGUAAUGAAACCAAGCAAUUUUGGGAGGGAAAUUUUCUUAGAACAGUAAAACUAUUUGCAGAAUUUGACCCACUUUUAAGAACACUUCUUGAUAAAAAAGAUGGCCAUAUUAAAUAUCUAAGUCCAGCUAUUCAGAAUGAGUUAAUUGAAAUUUUAUCAGGUAACUUAAAGAAAAUCAUUUGUGAUGAAAUAAAAAUUUCUACUUUUUUUUCUAUAAUUGUUGACUCAACUCAAGAUAUUACAAAAUUAGACCAAGUCAGUAUCAUAAUUCGUUACGUUACUAUUGAUUAUACUAAGCAUACUGUUUGUAUAAAAGAGUCAUUUCUUGGGUUUUAUACAAUUGAUCAUCAUGGUGCCGAAGACUACACAAAGCUCAUAAUAAAUGUCCUUUCUCAAUUAGGUUUAGAUAUUUCUAAAUGUCGUGGUCAAGGAUAUGAUGGUGCCGCAGUGAUGAGUGGUAUUUAUAGUGGUGUUCAAAAACGUAUUCAACACAUAGUACCAAAUGCUCAUUUUGUUCAUUGUUGUGCUCACAACUUGAACUUGGUAAUUUGUGACUCUGCUAAAACUCCUAGAUGGGCUUUAUUAGCAUUAGGAGAAGAAAAUACCUUAAAAGUUCAUAAAACUGUUCUUAAAAAAGUAUGCGCUACACGUUGGGAAGCUCGACACCAAGCUAUAUUUGCAUUAAAAGAAAGAUUUAAUGAUGUCUUGAUCACAUUAACAAAAAUUACUCUUACAACUACUAAUGGUGAUGAAAGAAAUGUUAGCAAAAGUAUACGGUCCAAAUUGGAUUCUGUAGAAUUUAUUUUACUUUUAUGUUUGUGGGAAAGAGUAUUGAGAAGUAUGCAAGGUGUUUCAAAAGUAUUACAAAGUGUUGAUAUAAAUAUUCAAACUUCUUGUGGUCUCCUUGAGCAAGCAGUUGGAUCAUUAUCAGAAUUGAGACAGAAUUACAAUGACAUUGUUAAUAUUGCCAAUGAUUUGUGUUCUAAAUGGGGUAUUUCAUCUAAAUAUCCAUCAAAACGCCAACAAUUCACCAAAUUACAUUAUGACGAAAUCGAUGGUGAUAGAAGAUUGAAUAUAACAGAAGAAAACUUUAGAAUUAAAAUAUUUUAUCCAGUAGUAGAUACUGCUUUAGCACAACUAAAAACUAGAUUUAAAGGAUUAAAAAUAAUCGCAUCGACUUUUGAAUUUUUAAAUCCAACCUUUCUUAAAAGUACUGAAGAAAAUGAUUUAAUAAAAUGUUCAUUUGAUUUUAUUCAACUGUAUAAGUCAGAUGUGACUUCAGAUUUUACUCGACAGUUAUUAACUCGGAAAAAAAUGUUUUUUUAA